UUUAUAAUCAAUGGGUGAUUAAUCACACUGGGAAGUUAAUGAUCAUAAUGAAAUUUAUAUUAUCAAAGCUGAAUCUAUGAAGAAAUCAUAUGAUGGAAUUGUAAAAAAAUUAUAAAAGGAAAGAGUUAAAUAUGUUAAAUAAUAAUCAUCUAAUGAAGAACACUAACCAAUUUCAAAUCUUAUUUAAUAAUUCUCUUAACUAAAAUAAGAAUUUAUAAUGAAGUAUCAAACCAAAACAUCUAUGUAAAGAGGUUAAUUGAAACUUAAGAAAAGAGUAGAAUUAGUUUAAGAGUAACUUAAAGAAUAAAGUAAAAUGCAACAAUAGUAAUAAUAACAAUAAUAAAUAAAUUAGUUAAAAAAAUGA